AAUGAUAUGUCAAAAAAUCUGAUAAAUAAACACUAGACUGUAACUAAAAACAAAAAUUUCACGCGAAAUGGAUCACAUUGAAUUAUCCAGCAUAGUUGUAGACGGUUUGAAAUGUUUGAACACUUCGAUUAAUACUGAUUUAACCAAGAAAUUAAUUAGCAAUGCUGUCAAAAUGGCAUUGUAUUCCGAUGCUAACAUUCCGGCUAAUCCAGAGAUAUACGCAACAAAACCCGAUUUCGCAAAACAGGCUGAAUAUGCAGUGUUGACCGUUAUAUUCCUGUCGAUCAAACACAACUACGACAGCACAAAAUUCCGCAGUCUACUGGAGUCGCACAACGUCUCCGCAAUGGCAGUGGACGAAUUGAUCAAAGUGUACGAUACGAACAAAACCGAGCUGCGUGUAAAGAAUCUGACCACUGGAAUAUCAUUGCCACACAUGACAAAUGUUGAAUGGAAGUUAACGUGCGAUGUCAAGUCAUCCCAAACUGAGUGCGGGUCCGGUGAAUUGACGUACAACAUCCAUUUGGGAAGGUACAAGGACAAAACGGGCGAACGGGAAACGAUCGCGGAUUUCGUGUGUAAUGUGGAAGAGCUACAGUCGUUGAUAUACAAAUUGAAAGAGAUCGAGAGACAGUAUGAACGUUUAAGUGAGAAGUGACUUUCGUGUAUGAUGGUCUGUAUGCGCGGAGCCUAUUGAUGGGGGCUUUUUAUUUAUAUCUUCUGCAUAAGAAUAAAACCAAUUUAGAAAACGAC